AUGUCGGCUCCCAGCGACACUCAAGCCACCGAGACUGCUGGUAGCGAUGGUUCCGAUGGGAACGAGAGGGCCGUCGGAUUCGUUGGUCUGGGCGCGAUGGGCGGCGGCAUGGCGGCAGCUCUAGUGAAGCAAGGAUUUGCUGUGAAGGGAUACGAUGUGUACCCCCCCGCAUGCGAGAAGCUCAAAUCCGCGGGUGGUGCUGCUGCUGCCUCCGCAGCCGAUGCUGCUAAGGGAGCCGUGGUGCUGGUGCUGAUGGUCACCACGGCAAAGCAGGCCGAGGGGGCUUUGUUUGGUGAUCAAGGGGCACUGGAGUCUCUCCCUCGUGGUGCUCUCGUCAUUCUCUGCUCCACUGUCCCACCUGAAUUUGCACGCAGCCUCGGCACCAAGCUCUCAGCACAGGGCAAGGGGUGGGAGAUGGUGGAUGCACCGGUGUCAGGAGGGGUGGCACGUGCUGCAGACGGUACCCUCACUAUAAUGGCAGCUGCUACACCCGCUGCUCUUUCCAAGGCACAGCCAGUGCUGGAAGCCAUGAGUGCAAAGCUGUACAUAGUGGGUGAUAUACCGGGAGCAGGCAGCGCGGUGAAGAUGGUGAAUCAGCUGCUGGCAGGGGUGCACAUAGCAGCAGCAGCGGAGGCGAUGGCACUGGGGGCGAGGGCAGGGCUGAACGCGCGCAUGGUGUUUGACAUCAUCUCACACGCUGCUGGCAACUCGUGGAUGUUUGAGAACCGAGUGCCACACAUGCUGGACAACGACUACACGCCCCGCUCCGCGCUCAACAUCUUUGUCAAGGACCUGGGCAUUGUGUUGGGCGAGGCACAGUCGCUCGCGUUCCCUCUGCCCCUGGCAGCAGCAGCACACCAGCAGUUCCUGGCUGGUGCAGCAGCGGGGCUGGGCAGGGAGGACGAUGCUGCCGUGGUCAAGGUCUAUGAGCGCCUGGCAGGAGUAACAGUCGCUUCCGCCCUCCCUGCCACCUUCUCUCCCUCCUCCACCUCCUCCUCUUCUCCAUUCCCGGAGCCCACCAUCCAAUCAAAAGCUGCCAUGCUGGCAGCACUGCCGCCCGAGUGGACGGGCAGCAUGGAAGUGACAGGGGGGGGCGGAGAGGGCAAGGGGGGAGGGCAGGGGGAAGGGCAAGCGGGAGGGCAAGGGGCGGUGCUGCCAGUGGUGGUGGUUCUGGAUGAUGAUCCCACGGGCACUCAGACCGUGCAUGGCCUGCACGUGCUCACCACAUGGGACGUGGAAACACUCAAGGCGGAGAUGGCAGCACUGGCGCACACCCCCAAUGCUGCCUUCUUCAUUCUCACCAACUCCCGUGCGCUGCCCACACAGCAGGCAGCAGAUCUCACACAAACCAUCUGCAGCAACGUCGUCACAGCAGCCCAGCAAGCAGGGAUCCUCAGCAGCAGUGGUGGCAAGGACCUGGGGUGCAGGGGCAUCACGCUAAUUCUCCGAGGGGACUCCACCCUGCGAGGCCACUUCCCCCAGGAGGUAGAGGCAGCGGAGGCAGCGUUGGGAGCAGCAGUGGAUGCGUGGGUGGUGUGUCCUUUCUUCCUGGAGGGAGGGCGCUACACCAUCAAUGACACACACUAUGUGGCCGAUGGGGCUGACAGGCUGGUGCCGGCAGGACAGACAGAGUUUGCCAAGGACGCUGCCUUUGGGUAUUCACACUCAAAUCUCAAACAGUGGGUGGAGGAGAAGACAGGAGGCGCCAGGUCAGCAGCUGACGUGGCAUCCAUCUCCAUCUCGACCAUCAGAGAGGGCGGCCCUUCUGCCGUCCUUAAAGCCCUCAUGGCGCUGCCCAAGGGCAGUGUGUGUGUACUCAAUGCAGCGAGUGACAAUGACUUGCACGUGGCAUCGGCAGCUCUACGCCACGCAGAGGCAGCAGGGCGCUCCUUCCUUGUGCGCUGUGCUGCUUCCUUUGUCUCCUCCCUCCUCUCCCUCCCCAAGCUGCCCCCGCUUGGCAUUCAUUCCCUCCUUUCCUAUGCAACUGUCCCCUCCUCUUUCCCUGUCCGUGACCUCCCUUCUCUUCCCCCCCCUGCCACUCUCACUACACCAGCUGGAGGAGCUGCUCUCUCGCCUUGGCCCAUCGCUGCACGUGGUUCAGGCAAGUCCGCCUGCAUGCAUUCAUGCGCUGCUGACGUGGCGUCUGACAUCUGGCAGGGGGAGAGGAGGCAAGCGGCGGUGGCAGGGAUGGCAGGGGAGGCGGAGAAGGCUCUACAGGAAGGCAGAGACGUUGUCAUAAUGACGUCACGAGAGCUCAUCACUGGUUCAGACCCGGCCAGCAGUCUGGAGAUCGGGUCGAGAGUGAGCGAGGCGGUGGUCGAUGUUGUCAAGGCAAUCGGUGUGCGCCCCAAGUACAUUCUCGCUAAGGGUGGCAUCACAUCAUCGGACGUGGCGACCAAGGCACUGGGCGUGAGGAGGGCGAGGGUGGAGGGGCAGGCCAUGGCAGGGGUGCCGCUGUGGCGCCUUGAUGAUGCCUCCAGGUUCCCGGACCUGCCCUACAUCGUCUUCCCAGGCAACGUGGGGUCAUCCUCCUCUCUUGCCGACGUGGUACAGCGCUGGCGCCAGCCCAUCACCCCACCCCUGCUGACCACGCUAGACCUAGUGCGCGCAGCAGAAGAGGGCGGGUAUGCAGUGGGGGCGUUCAACGUGUAUAACCUGGAAGGGGUGCGGGCCGUGGUGAAGGGAGCAGAAGAAGAGAGGAGUCCGGCCAUUAUCCAGCUGCAUCCCUCGGCCAUCCGUCAUGGGGGAGAGCCGCUCAUGGCAGCGUGCAAAUCAGCGGCCAUGGCUGCACGCGUGCCCAUCGCUUUGCACCUCGACCAUGCCACGGACGUGGGCCUUAUUCAGCGAUGUGUGGAGCAGGUGCGUGUGCCCAUGGUGCUGUGUGGAGACGGCUCUCACCUGCCCCUGGCAGACAAUAUCGCCUUCACUCAACGCGUUGUGGCUGCCCUCGCUGCCCUCACCAUUCCAGCAGCCGUAGAUGCACCAGGGGCGGCGAGAGUGGCACGCGGUGGGGGAGGGGCGGUGGUGGUGGAGGCGGAGGUGAGACACGGUGAGGCAGUGGUGGAGGCAGAGGUGGGGCGGAUAGCGGGGGUGGAGGAUGGGGAGACUGUGGAGGAGAUUGCAGGGAGACUCACACAGGUUGAGCAGCCCCAUUCUCCCUCUUUCCUUUCACACUCAACCCGGAUCGUCCCGUUCCUCCCUCCUUUGCCCAUGCAGGCCGAGACCUUCCUUGAAAGCGUUCCCCAGGUGUCUCUCCUCGUGGUGUGUGUGGGCAACCGCCACGGCCCCUACCCACCCUCCGUGCUCUCCUCCCCCGCCUCCAUCCUCAACCUCUCUCUCCUCCGCUCCCUCGCUGCCACCGCCUCAAACCAUCACGCCCACCUGGUGCUACACGGCGCCUCGGGAUUGCCGCCCGAGAUUGUGCAGGAGUGCGUACAGUGCGGCGUGCGCAAGUUCAAUGUUAAUACGGAGUUGAGGGCUGCUUAUAUGGAGGCACUGGGUGGGAUUGGGGGUGGGGGGGGAGGAGGGAGGGAUUUGGUGGAUGUGAUGGGAGAGGCUGAGAGGAGGAUGGUAGAUGUGGUGAGGGGGAAGGUGAGGCUGUUUGGGUCGGCUGAUCGCGUGUGA